AUGAAUAACACAAAUAACCCAACAGUAAGCCAGGGGCCAGCAACAUCUGAGAGCAACAAUUUACCAACUGCAAGGCAUUCGUCAGGUUCAGGUUUUGGUAAACCCAAAGGCUAUGGUGGCCCAAAAGAGAUCCAGAUUAUGGACCAAAGUAUUCUCAUGAGAGGUGAAAGUGCAACAGCUGCAAUAUCCACUGCUGACAUGGAGCUGCUGGCAAAGAACAGAGGCAAUGCAAUGCUACGUUAUAAGGAGAAGAAGAAAACACGGAGAUAUGAAAAGCACAUCCGAUAUGAGUCCAGAAAGGCAAGAGCUGAUACUAGGAAACGAGUUAAGGGUCGAUUUGUGAAGGCUAGUGAAGCUACAGAUGGUUAAAUUAUUCGUGAAUGACUUUUGAAGGAUGCACUUUUCAGUGCUGUGCUGUAUGUAUAUAUUUCAUACAUUUCUCCAAUUAAAAUGUACAAUUCAUGCAGAUUUGAUUUCUUUUGG